GUGGAGGGUGGAGCAGUUUUUAUUCAAGCUGAAUACCUCACAAUGUUUCCUCACUCAGAUUUUCAAGGGCUUGGUCUCCUGUGUCACUUGUCUGAACCAAAUUUGGUUGGUGCCCAUUGAAAGUUUUGAUUACCACUGGGGCAGCCAUGGGAUUUGGGUCAGAAAAGAAUUUGUAAAGUUUUCAGAAGUCUUCAAAUUCUCCAAAGCUGGGAGCUACAAUACCUGGGGGCCCUGGCAGUUCUAUCUAGAAGGACAAGAAUAGGUUGUCAGAAUGCUGAGGGGUUCUCCUACAAUUUCAACCAUGACUGAAGGUUGGACUUGUUGCACACAUAUUGCCAGCUGAAUUCAGGAUCCAUAGACUCACCUCUGCUCUGCUGAAAAGAAGAAAAAGCUUACAGCGAGAUUUGAACAUGGAAUUCAACCCUUCAGAUCACCCUCGGGCCAGCACAAUAUUCCUCAGCAAAUCUCAGACUGACGUGAGAGAAAAACGUAAGAGCCUCUUCAUCAACCACCAUCCUCCAGGACAGAUGGGAAGGAAGUACAGCUCCUGUUCCACUAUUUUCCUAGAUGAUAGCACAGUCAGUCAACCAAACCUCAAGUAUACAAUUAAAUGUGUAGCACUUGCAAUAUAUUAUCACAUCAAAAACAGGGACACAGAUGGAAGGAUGCUCUUAGAUAUUUUUGAUGAAAAUCUUCACCCCCUUUCGAAAUCCGAAGUGCCACCAGACUAUGACAAACACAACCCAGAACAAAAACAGAUUUACCGGUUUGUUCGGACGCUGUUCAGUGCCGCCCAGCUGACUGCUGAGUGUGCCAUUGUGACUCUGGUAUAUCUUGAAAGACUUUUAACUUAUGCAGAGAUAGAUAUCUGUCCAGCAAAUUGGAAGAGAAUUGUACUUGGAGCAAUUCUAUUAGCGUCCAAAGUUUGGGAUGACCAGGCUGUGUGGAAUGUGGAUUACUGCCAGAUCCUGAAAGACAUCACAGUAGAAGACAUGAAUGAGCUGGAGCGGCAGUUUCUUGAAUUGCUACAAUUUAACAUCAAUGUUCCUUCCAGUGUUUACGCCAAGUAUUAUUUUGAUCUUCGAUCUUUGGCAGAAGCAAAUAAUCUCAGCUUUCCCUUGGAGCCCCUCAGCAAGGAAAGGGCUCAUAAGCUUGAGGCCAUCUCUCGUCUGUGUGAGGACAAGUACAAAGACUUAAGAAGAUCUACAAGGAAGCGAUCAGCUAGUGCUGAUAAUCUGGCUGCAAUGAAGUGGUCUCCAGCUAUCAUCUCCUAACAGUGGCAUGUAGGAUAUUCUUACAAAAAUACUGUUUUCACCCCUCCAGUUUCUCUUUUGGUUUGGGAAAACACAAGACUCUGGGGUUUUUUGGUCAAAUUUUGGUUUGGUUUGGUUUUUAAUCCUUAGCUCCGUCAAGCUGCCUUUACACUGCCUCCUCACCGUGUGGCGCACAUGCAGCAACUUUUCAGUGGAAAGCUAAAUCAGUAUUUUGGAAAUCCUGUCUCAUGCCUUUUCCCCCAAUGUCAUUAACCUUUGGCGAGGGAAUGGGGGACUGAUCCUGCAGGAAGAAGAAAGGAAAGUAGUGUAGAGGCAAAAAAAAAUAUUUAAAGGAUUGUUGCCAUCUUUUUGAGAUACCAUUCUCAUCAAUAGAUAGAUACAAGAUGAAAACAAAAACAGGCGAUAAACUGUGCUCUAAGGAAACCGAGUGGCAUUGAUUUUACCUUAACCUGAAGUUUCAGCUCAAUAUGUUCUGUCGGAUCUUUUGCAUUCCUUCUAGCUGCUUUUUGGGGUUUGGGGGAUGUGGUUUUUUUGGUUCUUUUUUUUUGGUCCUGCAGAGCAGAGAAUACAGUCUGUAUCUACCAUAGCACAAACAUCCAAAUAAAUAGUAUUGGUUGUUCCUCGCUGCACUAUUCUCUGUGAGCUGUCUUCAUAGCUAUCAUCUUUCAGAAGUAUUAUGCAUCUCUUAUGUUUCUAGAUAUCUGUACUGUACUUUUCAUUUCCACCCCCACUCCCUCCAACAAUGAAAAAGUCACCUUGACCAUAGUGCUGAACCAAAAGUAUUCAAAGUGAUCCAACAUUCCUGGGCUAUUUCUUCUUAAUUUUUCCCCCACCAAAAAAAAAAAACAAAAUGGGAAUUCACACACGUGCUUGUGCCUUCCUAUGUUCUUGGAGCAUUUUUUUUUUCUCUGACCUAAAGACAGAGAUGUCAAGACACUCAGACUUUAUGGGCCAAGAGGAAGCCAAUGUGCUGCAGAAAACUAUUCGGUUGCUAUUCCCCCCAUCCUCACCUCACCUUCCUCCAAACACUUCCUUAGAUCCUUGCUCGAAUUCCCAUCACAGGAGUGGUUUUUUUGUACAGCCCACCUAAUUCAUUCCUCAGUCUCCAUUGUUGCAAGCAAUAUCCUUGUCAAUUUUUAUAUGUUUAACUUUAAAUCAAAGUUAAGUCUGUUUGUAUAAAAUUUUUUUAAAAACUUAAAAAAAAUGGGUGGGUUGGGGGAGGGUGCCACUGGGAAGAUAAUUGAAGAGAUGAAUGUUAACCUUUAUUGAGGUAUUUUUCACAGAUUGAAUUUUUAAGAAACCCACCAUCACCACCACCACUAUAAACUCAAUUUGUAUUUUUCAUUGUGGGUGCUCAGAGAAGUAUAAAUAAAAUUCAAACUGUGAAGAGGGUUGAUGUUUCAUGAAUUAUGAUUGUACCUUUUUCAUUUCCUAAUUUUUCCUGGUUUUCCUAAUGAGAUAAAGCAGAAUAUUUUAUAGUAAUAUGAAUACUGAGGGGCAGUUUGAUACAGUGGAUAGAAGGUCAGCCUAGAGUCAGGAAUCCUGGAUUCAAAUGCUGCCUCUGACAUAUACUAACCAUGAGAUCACAAACAAGUUUCUGAAUCCCUCUGUGCCUCAGGCCAACUGUUUAAUAUUAAAAGUUAGAGGUGAAUUACUGAUCUGCAUCAAUGGAGGGAAUUUCCACACCCUGAAGUUUUCCUAAGCCAGUGAAAUCACAGACCUGGACCUCUAGACAUAAAUGAUAUUAAAAUGUAUCAGGAUGGGAAGAGUGGUAAUUUUGAACUGAUGUCCAUGAGUCUGAUUCUUUGAAGCUUUUUUUUAUAUUUUUCCUCAGAUCUAACAAAAAGGAGAGAUCUAGUUUUUCCUCUUUUUUUUUUUUAAUAUCAGGGAUGUGAAUAUCAGAUUUCCUUUUUUUCUUACUUCUUUUUUGGACUUGCAAAAAUAGAAGGGUAGUCCAUUAGUUUGCUUCCCCACUUUAGUGCCCAAAGGUCAUAAACCCGAACCAUGAAUAUAUUUAUUCACACUUCUCAGUGAAACAUGCUGUUGAAAUAAAUGGCCUUCUACCAGUCAAUGUAUUGAUUCCAGACUGAAUUUUCUCUAUUUGCAGGCUCAUGUAAUUAAUCCUCUCUGUGAUCUAAUUGUUGGCCCAGAAAGAUCCACUCAGAUCUUUCUGAUCUAUCAUUUUAAAAAACAAAGAAGCAAAAAACAUACAGAAAACCCCCAACACCUCAAAAGGAAAUUCCUUUUCCCCCUGAUUUUUCCCAUUCUCUUGAGGUGAUUCCCCAACUUCUCUUUUCACAUGCAAGUUUGACUUGGAACAGAAAACAGAGCUCUGAAAAUGUAAUCAAAAGUACAAAAUGUAUUACGAAAUCUUAUCUAACUGAAAGAAUAAAUAAAGGGACAUAUUUUCGUAGCUUCUGGAAUUUUAAUACCUCUCAAGAAAAAUGAGUUCCUAUCAUAAUGUAGAUGGUCGUCGUCUUUUACCAAACCAUUUCAGAAAAAAGUUCUGUUACCUUUCUAACAGAAAUUGUAGUUUUAAUCCCUUUUAUUUGAAUGAAAGACAUAUGAACUUUGAAUUAUGUAAAUAUCUCAAUGCAUCUGCUAUAAUUUUGUGGAGUUUAUUAAAACUACUUUAAAGAUUGUAUAGUCUAUUUAUUGUAUGUAUGUACAUACAGUCUGACACUUAAAAUUUAAAGUGGAUUCCAUAAAAUUUGGCUCAGUCUCGUUUAGACUAUUGAAUAUUGUUUUAGCCUUGUGCACUGGACUCUACCUCUGUAUAGGAGAAUUUUCCAUCCUCUUUCAUUAGUACUGAUUCUGUGAUUAACUUGGUUGUUUCUUGCACUAAGGUUUUAUUUUAAAUCUGCUGUAAGUGUAGAUUUUCUAUUUUCAGUUUUGCCAUAGAAAUCAUUUGACCUGUAGGUAGAUAGUUAUUUUUGAUUUAUUUUUUUUCUACAUGAUAAUGAAAACUUGCCCUUUUUUUUGUUUCAAUUUGUUCUGUUUGCCAAAAAAAAGUACAGUACCUAUUGAUAAAUGGUAGUGACUGUAAUCUGUUUGCAAGGUGAUUUAAUACCAUACAAUUAAAACAUUACUAUUUAGGAA